CUUUCAGAGAGGAAAGACAAACACAUUGUUCAAAGUGUGGACAAUCAAAGUGUGGAGCUUGCGAGGAGGACGGGAUAACUGAACACCCUCCUGGAUUUUGUAUUUCUACCACACUGAAACAGAAAAGAAGGAGAGCAGCAAAGGGAGGAUUACUCAGAGGCAGAUGAUGAUGAUAUGGAAGCACUGAUCUGAUCAGUCCUCUAAAUCACCUACACACAGUCUUUUUACUUGGAUUUUAACCAUGGGACCACUAUAUGAGGCAGGAUGGCAGAAGAGAAGCCGAACCAAAAGUUGUGGGGAAUACCAGCACUCCAACAAGUCUUUCUCUCAGCGCAGACAGUCGGCACCCUCUGUUAUUCUCAGCAAAGCCCUUACAAAGUCAAAACCUGUCGCCAGGGAUUGUGCAUCUCAGGUUAGCCAGGACAUUUUUGCCCUGAUCCAGUCUCUGCUCAGCCCAAUCAGGAAGCUCAUUUGUCAAGGCAAUGUGGUGCUGCAGACAGGACUUCAGACCCAGGAGAGAUUCCUGAUCCUCUUCAAUGAUCUUCUCAUCAUCACCAAGGCCAAGUCAGUAAUGCAGGUGAAGCAGAAGAAGUGUGUGCGUGUUAGUGAGAUGUGGACUGCCAGCUGUGUGGAUGAGGUGUGUGAGGCCAGUACUGUUUCAGAGAGGAGCUUCGUCAUGGGCUGGCCAACUUACAACUGUGUGGCUACUUUUAGCACUUCAGAAGAGAAAGACAGGUGGCUGCCUCUCAUUGAAAGUUGUAUACAAGAAGAAAAAAAGAGUGAUGAUCCAAAGAUGAUUCCACUCAAGAUAUUUGCAAAGGAUGUUGGGAACUGUGCCUAUGCAAAGACUCUUUUUAUCAGCAACACAGACCGUACCUCUGAUGUCAUUAGCACAGCACUGCAACAAUUUGGUCUUUCGGGUGGAAUAAAAUAUUACAAGUUGUGGGUGUGUUCAAAACAAGAUGAAACUCCAUACCCUUUAAUUGGUCAUGAGUGUCCUUACAGCAUUAAGAUGAGCCACAUUCGCCUGCUGCAGCAAGAGGCAGUGACAUCAUCCCACAGCCAGAUGGCGCUUUUGCCAAUUGAUGCUCACUGUCAGUUCUUCCUGAGGCCCAGUCAAAUAAGCAGCACCUUCACAGCAGAACAGAAAAGCAGGAGGAUGUCUCUUAUUAGCUGGGCUUUUAAACGAGGCUUCAGCAUUGAACAGGCUGUCCAAUCCGCAUCUCCUGGCCCAACUAUAACACCAGCUUCUGGUCAUCUGUUUGGUCGACCACUCAGUGAUGUGAUAAAAGACAAUACCCUGCCAUCACCUAUUGUGGACAUGCUGAAGUGUUUGUGCAGUGAGGGGGCCGUGACGCGUGGAAUAUUCCGGCGCUCUGCUGGAGUGAAGGCCUGCCGAGAAUUGAGGGAAAAACUGGAUUCUGGUCACUAUGAAGAGCCACUCAGUGGAGAACCUGUACUUGUUACUGCUUCAGUGUUCAAGGAAUUCUUACGCAAUAUACCGGGCAGCCUAUUGUGUGAGGAGCUCUAUGAGCAAUGGCUCCAAGCAGUGGAGCAGGAUGGUGAAAGAAAUGGACAAAUGACAGAGAGGCUUGUUCAGCUUUUACCUGAAGAAAAUCUCCUGCUGCUGAGACACAUGAUAGCGAUGCUGCACCACAUACAGCUCAAUGCUGAGCACAACCAGAUGACCUCUUUUAACCUGGCUGUGUGUAUAGCACCUAGCUGUCUGUGGAAUCGCAAAAUACAAUCUCAUGAAAAAGAUGCCAAAAAGGUGUGUGACCUUGUGCGUGUCUUGAUUGACAACUGCUGUGCGUUGUUUGGGGAUGAAAUUAUAACCCUCUUAAAGGAUUUGACUGAAGACAAUAGAAGCAACCGCGGAUCAGUUGGGUCUCUGCAGCAGAUGUCAGAUUCGGGUUAUGAGAGUCUAAAGAAUGAGGUGAAUACUGACACAGAGGACAUUUCUAAGACCCGUCCUCUUAAAGGCAGUCAUAGUAUGGACUCACUCAUGUCACUGAGUGAUUGUGAACUCGAUUGUCCAGAAAACGACUUGCUGUCUUCCAGCCCAUUGGCACAAAUCAGAAACUGUACAUCCGCAGUGCGUCAACUCCUAUCCCUUAAAUUACACAAACACUCCAUGUCCACCAUUGCUUUGACUUCUCAUGAGCAGGAAAUAACCAUACAAAGUGGAAAACAUAAAGAGUUUAAGAGAUCUGAUGAGGUCAAUGAUAAUGUGUUUUUGGAUCAAACCUUUCAACAACUGAAUUUCAUGAGAGAAAAACAAACUCCACCAACCUCCAGUGUAUCAUCGCCAGUGACUUCACCAACAUACUCACCUGUGAGUUCAAUAGACAGUCCAUUUUCUCUGUCCACCAGAAAGACCCUUCAUUCUCCUCAGGAUUCUCCAGCCAAGGUUGAUUUACUCACUCAAAAUGGCACAGAUUACCAACACUCGAACAGUUUGCCCAAUGAGAAAUUAUCUCCACCAAAUAAUCAGAGGAACUUCACUGAUAUUAAAGGGGGUUUACAGCCUAAAAUGCCCAAAAAUCCUCCUCCUUAUCAGCAGGCCUUACAAAAGCUCAACAGAAAACCGUUCUCACAGACUCCCACUCAAACGCCUUUACAUAAAGGAAAAGGCCUUUUCUACAAGGGGCCCGGGAGCCCCACGCACAGCCCUUUAGGAGACCCCAAGGUUUCCCCUGACCCUCAGACCAUCAGGUUUACCUGUCAAACCAGGACUGAAGAAGAGGUCAAGCUACCACAGAGUGUGUUUUAUGGACAGAGUUGCAAGUUGACGGUGCACAAAAUCAGGGGACAGAAGGCAGGUUUGAAGUCUACCAAACUUUCUGGGCAGCAGUUGAGGUUUAAAGCACUUGAUUUGCACCCCUCCUCUGGAAAAAUAGUCAGGGACUACUUGGGACUCAGAGAGAAGCAAGCUGUUGGGAGAGGCCAAAAGCUCAGCUGUUGCAGUAGCAGCCAGUGGAUUGUGUGAAGCCAAUGGGAAGUCAUUUCAAAAACAGCACAAACACUGGGACCCCAUUAAUUAUAAUAAUCUGCGGUUUCUUACAAUUAACAAUUACAUGCUUCAGAUUACAGUAUGAUUAAAUUUUUUUUUUAGGAAUAGCUAUUUUAUUAAUACUUGCAGUUUGAGCUUUAUAAUGCCUUUUUUUGUAAAUAUCUACAAGCAUUAGAAUAAUAUGCAUGGGAUUUUAUUGUACUUUUAUU